CCCAAUCGGGAUAAAAUCUGUGUUAUCCUCUCCUUGAUAAUCCAUUGGGUCGUGAACAGGAGAAUCCGGUUCCCUAAUCUUAACUGCCCUGGGUUGAUUGUGGGAGUCGAAUUCUAUGAAGAAUCGUUGGUUAAAGCCGGCGCCAUCGAUUCUUCUCCCCGCAAUAUCAUCAUUUAAUUCAACCCUAGAUUAGAUUGCUGAGCUCAUGAGGACAUCGAAUCUAAGACUUUCAAUGUCCGAUCCAUACCUUGGAAUAGUUCUAGUGACUCCCCUGUUCUGAUUCGGAUCCGAGUUGUCGCCUUGGAUCGGGGCUGUAGAUGUUGCGCUUCUGUAAGGGUCACCACCAGGAGCACUAUUCUGGUCGUGGCCUCUACCUUCCCCCCUGCCUCUAUCUGUGCGGCUGCCACCACAGGAUCCUGAGCAAUGCCCUGUUCCUCAACUUCCAUAUCAACCCCUGUCUGGUUGUUUUGUGAUGGUGUGCCAUCAUAAUUUCCUACUGGGCCCCUGAAAGGAACACCGCCGCCACUAAACCUCUCCCCAGGUCUGACUGUCCGUCCCCCAUUCUGAACUCCAAGGUCGAAAUCGACCAUUAUAUCUGAAGCUCUAAAAUUAGGGGAUGGGGGGUGAUUAGGGUCUUCUCCAAAUUGCUCCCUAGGAGUUAUGGUGCGUUCUGAUGCUGGAGUGGCUCGCAUGUCUAAAUUAAACUUGGAAAAGCCUUCGUCUGUUUCAAGGGUAGGAAUACCCCUUGAUUGAUAUUGCAUUAAUUUGUGGUUAACGUCUUGUUGGAUGAGAUCUUCAUGUCUCCUACACCUAGUGAGUUUAUGACCAAUUCUACCACAUCUAACGCAAUAUUUAAAGAGAUUUUCAUACCUCAACUGGAUCCAAAUGACUGCGUCAGUCAUCUAGUUUGAGAAAGAACCCAGGGACUAAGGGUUCCCCGAGGUUGAGCAAGACUUCAAUCCUUAAGUAGUCGUUCCUUGGCACGAAUUGAGGCUCGAAAUCUAUUUGGAAAGGCAUUCCCAGCAAUUCUCCAACAGUUUCUGCCAUGUGGGAGUUGAGGUAUUCACAUGGAAGCCCACAAAUUCUAACCCAAAAUUUAGCCUUUUUAAAGCGAACUGUGUGUGGCACUUGGUUGGGCCACCAUGGCGCGAACACCAUCAAUGCGCCAUCAAAACACGCUUUUGUCUUGUACAAGAGGUCUUGUCUAUCCUCAUCAUUUGUACAUUUAAAGACAUAUAGAUCAUUCAUUUUAAAGACUUCAAUGUAACCCCUUGUUCUCCAUCUUUGAUUUAUGAAAUCUCGAAUGGUAUUGGGGCUCAAAGUACGGUAAUCCAUUAGAUAUCCAUACACGCAUUUUUGCCAAAAGGCCCUGCUACCACUUAUUCUGUAAGGUUCUAUUUCGGCUAAGGCUGCUGCCAUAUUGAUGUUUCUAGUGUAGUGGUUUCUGUCACUCAUGUUUAGAGAUUUAGUGGAGUAUCGGAGUGCAAGGAAUAGCCAGAAGAGUGUAAAAAGAGUAAGAAGAGAGCUGUGAUGUGGUUGUGAUAUAGGAGCUGUAAUUUAUACUAACCACCAUGCCAAGGAGGCGUUUCAAAUUCUGUCUCAUUAAGGGUGACAGAGGCAUGCAGAUUAGCUUUGGAUAAUGCAAAAUACUGUUGCGAGUAAUUGGUGGAAUUAGCCACCCAAACGACCGUUUAAUCUAACAAGGUUAAAUGCACUCACCGUUACUCAGCAAAGAAACAGGAUGGAGGUAAGAGUAAAACGGAGUUGAGAGGCCUCUAACAGCAGUUAACGAAAGGUUAAUUUUGUUAGCAAAAGGAAUGAUUACAGAAGAGAAAAGCUAUUGGCCUUUUGUAAAGGCGCCAAGGAGAUUUGCCAAGUGGCUUGACAGGGAGUAGUAGGGCGGUAAUUACCCCUUAGGCACAACUGACCCAAAGAUUUAAUGGAGAUAAUGUGGGUGUAAACCAAGACAAAGAUUUCUUAGGAACCACCGUGGUAAAAACCCUUGAGGGGUAAACUCUAUUUCUAGAGUGAGAACCUCCCUAUUUCUAAAGAGAGAAAAAAAAAAAUCCUUUUUGGUAAAAAAAAAAAAACUCCUAUAUACUAGUACUUCAUUAUACUUCGUAUACUCCUAUAUAUUUCGGAUAUCGAUUUGAACCGAUAUUAGAUAUCAAAUUUUGAAAAUCAAUAUCUGAAUUCGCAUCCGAUUUUCAAUUUUUCGGAUUGGAUAUCCGAUUCGAAAUGAAAACUCGGAUCGGUUAUCCAAAAAUUCGGAUCAAUUGCGGAUCGGAUUAUCGAAUUUUCGAAUUUUUGGAUAUUUUUGUACAAGCCUAGCUAAUAUUUUAUUGAAAAGUAAUGAAUGUAAGAGGAGAAAUAUAAUAAAAAAGUAGUAGUGGUAUAAUAUUUUAAUGUAGUUUUUUAUUAAAAAAAAAAAGUAUAACACUUAAAAAACACGAAAGGAGUAGGUAGUUUUCACAAAUAAGUGAAUCACUAGGAGUUCUACUCAAAAUUUCUUAAAUAAAAAUUCAGUCUCUCGUCACUUAGGUUUUUUAUUCCUCCUCUUUCCCUCUGCUCUCCUCGCCUCCUUCGGCCGCAGACCACUCCACCGGCUGCGGCGCACUCCUCCCUCUCCGGCAACCUUGACGCUAACAAUGGGGAACAAGAGAGGUAGAGAGAGAAUGGUUAAUUCUCAGCCUUUCCUAGCUGACCAACCCACCGUCGUUUCUAAAAACCGCUCUAAACCUUCCAAACGCCACCAACAGCAAGAACAGAUGAUUUCCAACAAUAUGAGUGAUAAAAUUCUUAAGGAAGCGUAUAAGCAGCAGAAGGAAAUAGUUGAUGAGGAGAAUGAUGAUCAAAACCUUAAUAUUCCCUCCUUUUCUGCUGUUCUUCAUAACGAGGAUGAAGUUGAGGAAGAUUUUGAUGACUUUGCCGGGUUUGCCGAGACCCACUCCCAGAUUAAUGAUUACGAGGAUCAAAUUAAUGAAGAGGAUGAGAGAUUGUUGGAUGCCUUUUUGUCCAAAGAUGCUGGUCCACAGCGCACACUCGCGGAUGUUAUUGCUGCUCGCAUCAAAGAACAAGAUGCUGCUGUGACCUCUGGAGGGAAACCGAUGGACAAAUUAGAUAACAAGGUUAUAGAGCAUUACAAGACGAUGGGGAAGGUUUUAAGCACUUAUACUGCAGGAAGAUUACCAAAAGGAUUUAAACAUAUCCCUUCUGUGAAGUGCUGGGAGGAGAUUCUACAUUUAACUGAACCUGAAAAAUGGUCACCUGCUGCGGUAUACCAGGCUACUAGAAUAUUUGCUUCCAACAUGAAUCGAAUGAGGGCGGAAAGAUUUUACAAGCUUGUGCUUCUUCCGCGAGUUCGGGAAGACAUCAGAAAACAUAAAAGAUUGCAUUUUGAGUUAUAUCAAACUUUGAAAAAAGCUCUGUACAAACCAGCUGCUUUCAAUAAAGGGAUAUUGUUCCCCCUUUUUAAGUCGGGAAAUUGCAAUCUUCGGGAAGCAGUCAUCAUAGGUAGUGUGAUCCAAAAAAUGUCUAUCCCUCCUGCUCAUUCGAGUGUUGCGUUGUUGAGGCUAGCUGAGAUGGAUUACUGUGGGACUACCAGCUAUAUAAUCAAGAUUUUUAUUGACAAGAAGUAUGCUUUGCCUUAUCGUGUGUUGGAUGCUUUGGUUGCACAUUUCACGGGAUUUCUAGAAGACUCACGGGUCAUGCCUGUGAUCUGGCAUCAGACUCUUCUUUCUUUUGUUCAGAGGUACAAACAUGAAUUACGAAAGGAAGAUAAAGAUAAUCUUAAUAUAUUAAUGCAAAACCAAAGGCACUAUUUGGUAACACUUGAGAUUUCUAGAGAACUUAAUAAUAGUCGUAAUCGUGGUGAAAAAGAAGAUGAUUCUAUGAUGUUAUCUGUUAUAAAUGAACCAAUCCAGGAAGACAGGUUUGAUAUACCAGAAGUGCCAAUGGAAGAAGAUGACUAAGAGUUGGUUCCUUGUCCAUCUUGUCUUUGUGAACUUGAGUUUCCGAAAAUUUUGAUUGUGUUUUCAUCCUUAGUGAAUUUAUAUUAUUUAUGUAACGCCGGGAGUUUCUGCUUCCCAUGUUAUGAAUUGUAUAUUAGCAUUUGUUGAAAGACCUGUAUCAUUAUUUGCGAUUGAGAUGCUUUGCAAAGUGGUACAUACCUGACCUUAUAAUUUGCGAUAUUUGAUUUUUCUUUUUAUUUUA